GACCCCCGAUUGGCCCUUAUAUUAGGCGAUUGGCUCUUAUUUCUGCCAAAACAGAUACGAUAUCACAUAACAAUCGCUCAACUCUUGUACGGCUUCACAGCAAUUGUUACACAACUAAUCCACUUCUGGUAUUACGCCAACGAUAUAAUUCCUGACUAUUUGAAACCCUUUCAAAUGGCGAGCGGUUUGAUGUCCCCUAAAGACAUAGGGCUGACCCACACCACAGAUGUUCGCGCAUUGCUUCGACAGAUAAACAUAACGUUAAAAUGUACUGAAUUUCUGCGACAAACAGCUAUACCGUCGGCUAUACUGGUGUCGGGCGUACCCCUCGCCAUGAAUGCCACGUUCAGUGAACUCAAACUCAAGCGAAUUAACCAUAAGCUGAGGAAAGUGUUCAUAUCGUCCGAAAUGACAAAUAUAAACAUUUUUGGGAACUUGAAUGCAAUUCAUAAGGAGAUCAUUGGAUGUAAUGAUAACUUUUGGAGUGAAUACCUGCUGUGGAUCUUCCUGUUAGUGAUGCCUUUAAUGAAUUUUGCGGAGAAAACCAAAGAAAAAACAAUUGAAACGUCUGUUUUGGCGGCAAAUGCUUUGAUUGGCUUUGAGUCACACAAACACUACUGUUAUUGUGUUGUUGUCAUCGCAAACCCAAGACAUCACCCGAAGGAUCAGUUGCGGACAAUACACGCCUAUAACAGCCAUCACAGCGACGACAUGACGGACGUGAACGUGGAUCAGAUGCGCGGCAUCUUUGAUAACUCACAGCAUUUGCAUAAAUCGCAGAAAUGUUUGUCACAAAUGCAGGACUUGUACCACAAAUACGCGGACUCCGAAGAGCUCUUGUCUGACUUCGCGGCCGAACUCCGGAGAGACAUAUUGUUUACGUUGAACUGCGACCCGAAGAGUCCGUUCACGAAACACACCAUUGAAUUCGUGGCCAACUUUUUGCGCUCAUUUUCGGCCCCAAAACAGCCCGAAGACACCCGAUUGGAGGACACGACUACCACCGCAGCCAAUGGCGACGACACGACCGCCUCCGACGGCGACGACACUAUUAUUGACGAAGAGAUGGCUGCGGACGACGAGUCGGGCGCCGAUCGGUCGGAUCAGGAGAACAGAGCGCCGGCCGACGACAGCCUUAACGACGAGUUGGGCGUCGAGUCGUUCGGCAGUGAGUCCUUCUCCCGACGCGCCCGCAAAGACCAGUCGACAAUCGGCGCCAACACUACCACCGCCUCAUCCAUGAACUACACGUCCGCCACCGCCGAUGGCGCCAAAGAAGAUCCCACUUUCGCCGAUAUGAUCAUCAAAGACCAGUUG